CCAGACAGAGCCACCAGCGGCCGACGCUCGCCGCCAUUGGCCUUCGCUGAUGGCCGAACAAUGGCAGCGUCGGCGGCGGAGGCGGUGGCCGUGGACGAAGAGGUCAUGCAACGAAGACUCCGAUGGAUGCCUGCACCUAUUCCUCGCCGAACUGGCUGCCGCAAUGGCGGCGGUCUCUUACGGCCUCUCCGUCGGGUACUCGUCCCCGGCGUUGCCGGACAUGCGCCAACGGAUGCACUUGACCGAGAACGAGAGCAGCUGGUUCGGAUCGCUGCUCAACAUCGGAGCGCUCGUCGGGGGACUGGUCGGAGGACCGUCUAUCCGGUACCUUGGGCGACGAUACACCUUCCUGCUCACUGCUGUCUUCCACAUAGCCGGUUGGAUCCUGAUAGCCACGGGCUCCGCAGUCUGGAUGCUGCUGCUAGGCCGCACAUUCACGGGACUGGCAACGGGUGUUGCUGCACUAGCCGUGCCGGUCUUUAUCUCCGAGGUGAGUCCCAAGGAGGUACGGGGUCUUCUGGACACCGUGUGCACGAUGGCAAUCACUUUCGGUAUACUAACGGCCUACGUAUUGGGCAAGUGGUGUCACUAUGACUUGCUGGCAGCACUAUGCAUCGUCCCGCCUGUCAUCAUGGCUGUGCUCUUGCCCAUGCUUGCUGGUUCUCCCCGCUGGUUGCUGCAAGUGGGGCGCCAGGAUUCGGCGCUCAGGGCUCUCCAGUUCUAUCGCGGACCGGAUGUGGCCGUAGAGUUCGGAGCCAUGCAUGAAGCAGUCACGGCCGACCUUGAAUCACCGCUGACCCUGGCCGAGCUCGGGAGACCCUGGGUGUACAAGCCAUUUCUGUGCACGCUGGCCGCCUUCUUCUUGCAGCAAUUCUCGGGCAUCGUGGUCAUGCUAUUCUACACCCAAGAUAUCUUCACCACGGCCGGCACAGGCUUGUCGGCGGCCGACAGCACCAUCGUCGUGGGUGCUGUGCAGGUGGUGUGCGUAGGCCUCGCCACGCAACUCACGGAUCGCCUUGGUCGUCGCCCCCUCAUGCUCUUUUCGACAGCGGUGUCCGGCAUCAGCCUCGUUAUCCUGGGCUGCUUCUACCACUUCAAGCGCACACUGGGACCCAGCUUCGUGCACUCUUACGGCUGGCUGCCCCUGUUCUCCCUGUGUCUCUACUUUCUGGGCUUCUCCGUGGGCCUGAGCCCGGUGCCUUCGAUACUCCUGGGCGAAAUGCUACCGCUGCGGGUCAAGUGCGGAGCCGCCAGCUUCCUUAUAUUCUUCUACUUCUCCUGCGGCACACUCGUCGCCAAGGAAUACAACGACAUGAUGGCGUUGGUGGGCGAGGCCGGCGUCUACUGGUUCUACGCGGGCUUCAUGGCCGCUGGCUUCAUACUUGUGGCCGCUUUCCUGCCGGAGACGAAGGGAAAGACUCUCGAAGAGAUUGAAGAGAUUUUCGGCUCGCGACGGUCCGAACAGGAAGAAUACAACGACUAGCUUUUCGGUGAAUCGCAUCCUUCGAAUGCGCGUAGCCUGAAGAUGAAACGGCGACGGUUGGUGGCCACAACGUCAAGUUCGUCCCUUUGCGUUUUCAGCACGGCAACUGAGAGUCAGUCCAACGAAUUUAAUCUAGUCCACAUUUUUCGUUAUCUGCUCUCGAUGAAGCUUGCACGUUCUCGCAAACAUUCCGCAGAAGGUGAUGUUUAUGGAAAUCUCAGGGGCUUCCAAAGCGGUUAUUAAGGGCCUGGACGCUGUCGCACGCGCAGCAAGAAUUGAUGCGGCUACGACUACAUAUGUGCUUUCAUCGCGGUAUUAACUAGAUGCUUAGAAACCUUCUCACCCACGCCUGUAGCCUCCCACUGAUGAGCAGUCGAAUGGACACACUGCCUGCUUUGAUUUUAUUACCAGUGUGUAUGCGUUUUGAUUUUGUACAUGCCGUUAUAACGUACGUUGGUUAAGCGAGGACUGUGGCGCUGCGAGCAACACGGAGUUGCGCAUUGUUAAUGCUUCGGACAUUCCAUAUUUGCACUGCUCACCCAGGGAAAGGCGGUCGUAACUCUACUGUAACGUUUCCUAUGCCAUUCAUAUGUUUCCUUAAGAAAUCAAUCUAUUUUCCAUAUUGCUGACGUAUAGUUCCUUAGGAAUCGUACGGAAACAUGUGUAAUUAUUCAAACGGCAUAUGGAACGUUUCUGUAGGGAAAGGCACGUAUGUGAUGCCACGAAAAACUUAUGCAGUACUUCAUUACAGUGGACGCCCCAAAACACUAUGCUGUAUAAUUAUGCUCAUAAUUAUUCUUAUUAAGAGCCUGAAAAUAGGCUUUUCUUUAAAAUGUCACGAAAGAGAGCUCACGGAGAGUCAGCAGCUUUCUUUUUUGCCCUGAAAAUGAUUCGUUUCGUGAUUUUCGACAUUUACUUAGAGCACAUCGUGCCAUAGGACAGGAUGUAUUGCACACAUAUGUGGAAAGCAGCAGAACUCUCGGUUUACUGUCAUCAUAU